AUGUCGGAAGCACGCGUGAACCGCAGUAGUUCUGAAAACAAUGACUUGUUCUUGGAAAAUGAAAUUCUGGCUCCCUUCACCCAUGUUUCUCAAGUAAAGGGCAAGCGGCUGCGUCUUAAAAUAGUUAAGGCUUUCAAUUAUUGGUUACAAAUUUCUGACGAAGAUUUGGACAGAGCCACUGGCCUGGUCAAUAUGCUACACGUGGGGUCCUUACUAAUUGACGAUAUUCAAGACAACUGUACCGUUCGGAGAGGCAUGCCGGCUGCGUACUGUGUCUAUGGGCUCCCUCUCACUAUCAACGCAGCUGUGCAAGUCAUAGCUAUGGUGUUAGAUAAAUCCUUUGAAUUGCAUCCAAAGGCUACAAAAGUUUUUUCCGAAGAAUUCCUGGAAGUGUGUCGAGGACAAGCUAUAGAUAUAUAUUGGCGAGAUAAUUUAAUAUGCCCCACUGAGGAACAAUAUAACAAAAUGAAUGAACAAAAAACUGGUCACAUGUUACUGAUGGCGGUCCGUAUGAUGCAACUUUUUAGUGAAAAUAAAAAAGACUACAGUAAACUUGUCUUAUUAUUUGGACGCUACUUCCAAAUAAGAGACGACUAUUGUAAUUUAAGCCAAAGAGAGGCAUUAGAAGAAUGGCCUGGAGAAGAGGACUCACAGUCAAGACAGAACGUGUGUACGGAUAAUUUUUUUUGUGAAGACAUAACGGAAGGGAAGAUCAGCUUGCCGAUCAUACAUGCGAUACAGAGGACGAAACAAGGCGGAGCGGUUCUUAAUAUUAUUCGUCAAAAAACUCGUAAUGUGGAACUAAAGAAGUAUUGCGUGUCACUUUUGGAAGAUAGUGGUAGCUUGCAGUACACGCGGGAUGUAUUAACUCGGCUCGAUCUUGAAGCUAGAUCGGAGAUUGCUCGUUAUGGAGGUAACCCCUUGUUGGAGGCGGUGCUUGAUGAGCUUCUAAGUUGGAAGAAU